UUGUUUACAUCGUUCCGUAAUCGCGUCGUAACCUCACAUUUGGUUGGGGGGUCAUGAUUUACAGUGAAAUUUCUUGUAAACCGUGAUAAUGUUUAAAAAUACGUUCCAAAGUGGUUUCCUUUCGAUUUUGUAUAGUAUUGGCAGUAAGCCGCUUCAAAUUUGGGAUAAGAAAGUCAAAAAUGGCCAUAUCAAAAGGAUCACGGACGAGGACAUCCAGUCCUUAGUCCUGGAGGUUGUAGGAUGUAACGUUAGCACAACUUACAUCACGUGUCCAGCCGAUCCACGAAAAACUCUCGGAAUUAAACUUCCAUAUCUGGUCAUGAUCGUGAAAAAUCUGAAAAAGUAUUUUACUUUUGAAGUCCAAAUUCUAGAUGAUAAAAACGUUAGAAGAAGAUUUAGGGCUAGUAAUUACCAAUCAACAACAAGAGUGAAGCCGUUUAUUUGUACAAUGCCCAUGAGGUUAGAUGAAGGAUGGAACCAAAUUCAGUUUAAUGUAGCAGAUUUUACGAGACGUGCCUACGGCACAAAUUAUGUGGAAACGUUGCGAGUUCAAGUGCAUGCUAAUUGUCGAAUUCGGAGAGUAUACUUCUCGGAUAGAUUAUACUCAGAGGACGAGUUGCCUGCAGAAUUUAAGCUCUUUUUACCAAUUCAGAACAAGACACGAACAGCAGUAGCAGCACAGUAGUUGCAAAUUCCACCGUCACAUUUCAUUGUUUUUUGUGUAUAAAUAUCAGUAGAAUUAAUUUGUACAUGUUUCAUGACCAUUAUAUAAAUAAGGCACUUUUCAUAAUAUUUUCGUUUUUUCAAUUACACUAUUUUGUGAAUUACUAGAAGCAUAAUUUUGUGUAGAAGUUGCUGUUGUGUUAAUAAUAAUUUGUAGGACACAUUUUCCAAAAGAGGAGUAUGUUGGGUUGCAUACGUUGUAUUAGUUUAGUUGAUUUGUCUAGGGGGCAAGACACAAGCUAGAUAAUAUUCAAAUCAAAAAUAACAUUCUAAAAUAAUGCGGAAGUCUUAUCUCACAUGAUUAUAUUUCCAUUUCGAAAACUGUUUUGUAUAAAUUACACUAUUUUAUGACAAA